UUGUGGUGGCCUUCCUCGCCCUGCUCCUGGCCAUCGUGGGGGCCGAGUGCACCCGGUGCAUGGCGGACCGGGGAGCCAAGGCCAAGGUCUCCGUCGCCGCCGGGGCCGGCUUCAUCCUGGCUGGGGUGGGGCUGCUCGUCCCCAUCUCCUGGUCGGCCCACACCAUCGUCAGCAACUUCUACAACCCCCUGGUGCCAGAGGCUUUGAAGAGGGAGUUGGGGGCUUCUCUCUACGUGGGCUGGGCCUCCAGCGCCCUGCUGGCCUUUGGGGGAGCUACCCUGUGCUGCUCCUGCGCCCCCGGCCCAGAGGCGCCGUAUCCCAUGAAGUACAGGGCGGUGAAGCCCUCCAGCCUGGGCAGCUAUGCCCUCCAGAACUACGUGUGAGGGGCGCUGCCCGGCCCG